AUGUCUCCCAAACGUAAGCCAUCCUCCGCUACUAGUACCCCUGCAUCUGUACUUCAAAAACUGCAGAAUUCUGCUGGAGGAUUCUAUGCUGCUACACCAAGACUUAUUCAACAUGUUGAAUAUUUCAUAGGUGGACAGGACGGAAACAUUCUUAUCAGCAAGGGAGGCAGACUCCAACCCACAGAGUUCAUCAUCCAUGGUGUGUUUGAGAUCAGUCGCAAUGACUUUAAUCUCACCCCAGAUGGAAAUUUUAAUCCCUCAAACGUGUUUCAUGGUCACUUUGCAGACAUGAGAUUGAGCUGUCAGCUCACUGCUGGCCAUAACGAUGCAUUCCGAUUCUCAUCGGAAGACUUUCCGGAUAUCCUUGAAAUCUCGCUCAUUUCGAAGGAUUAA